AUGUGUCAAGUGCUCUGGCAUCUCGAGUUACCAUCUCAGGCAGUCGGACUCUAUGCUGUCUGGUCGCCACCAUCUCCUGUUUCUCUGGAUACUUCACGUAAAUUGCCUCAGGAUCAAGAGUGCCCAAUGAGUAACACAAAUCAGUGCCUUCCUUCUCCUGUUGCUGAUAACCUUGAUAUGAAAAGUUUAAAAACCAGCGCCACUACUAUAAGUGUACCUGGCAUUCCGGCGGUGACUAGAUCCGCUUCCAUCUCAAAACCAGAUGCGUUAGCUACCAAAAUCUUAUCUGCCCAACGGACGACGCCCGGAACAGCAUCGAAGGAAAACCAGUCUGGAAGUCACCAGCAGCGGCACAUCGACCGGAUCAAAUCGUCUGAAUCAUCUGAAGAAAGAAGAAGCCACAGCCGACUUCGCAAGCGGACACGUGCCUUAUCCUUAUAUCGGAUGGCCUGCGCUUGA